GACUCACAUCUUAAUCUCAUUUGAUAUCAUCUCUAGUUUCCAUAAUCAAUUGGACCUAUCAUUGCGUACCCAGACUUGGACUAGUUUCCUAACUUCGGGCGAGCAAUUUUAGUAAUUUUGAUUAUUUUCCCCAAAUUUUCUCAGCUAUUAAUUUAGUUGACAGCCGUCACAGACGGAACUUAAUCUCAUCAUGGCAUCUAAUGUCAACAACGGCUCUGACCAAAUGGAAAGACGUGUGACCCGUAGUCGUCAAGCACCAACUAUUCGGAGUCAAAAUGAUAAUCGUCGGAACCGUAGUCAAGUGGCUGCGGCCGUAAAUGAUGGUGAAGAUGAAACUCCUGCACCACGAAGUCGCGCAUCCAGAUCCGCCCCUAGAUCACAACGUGAUAAUAGGGAUGCUUUUACAAGGAUUAUUGCACCGGCCCUUCAAAUUGAUCGAUGUAAGGUGGAAUUGGAGUCAGCUGGACAAGAAUUGAUAAAAAAGGUUCAAGACCUUAAUCUCGAAGAAGGCUUUGAUUUUGCAGCCGAGGUUAGAAAUCGUGAAAAAGGUAUUGGGAAUGGAAAGAAAAUCUUGGAAGUAUCUCAAAAAGCAGUUGAUUGGAUGGAAUCCCAACUUAAAUCCUACAAUUUGAUGACGGAAAAAACUCAAGAGAAAAUGAAGAGGUACAAACAAAUUCUCUCUACUAUAUCUGUUGAGGUACAAAUUUUGUUGGAUCGUUUAUUGCUCGAGAGACAAGGUCAAGUUAUUGGUUUGACACACAAGAAUGAAGAAUUGUUGAAACAAGUUGGUAUGCUAACUGGUAGAAUUACGGAUCUUACCAUGAAUUCAUCUGCUGCUACUAGCAUUGAAUGUGAUGAACUAAAGGAGUUCCUUCAAGAAAAUCUCAGUGCUUUGAAAGUUCAAAACAAAGAGAACGUUGAAACGGAAGCAAUUUCGAAUCUUCGAAAACAAUGUGAACAGUUGUUGCAUCGAAAUGAAGAAAUUUCUAAGGAAAAAGGUAGGGUAGAUGGAGAAUUGAUCCAUUCUAGGGAGGAAUCCAAGAGACUUAGAUCAGAAAAUGAUAUCUUAUCUCGGAAGAAUGAGGAAUUAAAGAAUGCAGCAUUGGCAUCAGAAAAGUUGAUCCAACAACUUAGAGAACAACUAAGUCAACCUAUCUUCCAUCCUCCACUAACAAUUAAUACAUUUGUUCCCGGUCAAAGCCAUGUUGUCCAACAAUCACCAAAGCCACCUGGAUUUAUUGCACCUCAAACACCUUGUGGCGAGUCCGCAUUAUUGCAACAAUCACCGUCAUCUACCACCUCCAGUUUGCAAUCUAUCCCCUCGCAUGGAUUCAGUGUACCACCUCCUCCGACAUGGCCAUUUGAUGAAUACUAUUCACCACAAUUUCCUAUCCAUUCACCGGAAUUUGGUCAACCAGAAUCUUCUAGACAUGCAUUUAACUCAGGCUCACCACUCACUCCAGGAUAUAGAACUUCAAUGCAGCUACCUGCGCGUCAUUCGCCGUCGCAUACACCUGGAACCAAUCAGCCACCUGGAUUUGAACAAUCUAAUCCUACCAUUUUGCAGGGACAAUUUGGACAAUUUCAAUUGGACCGCAACUUCACAUCGUCGAAUCAAACUCCUGCUCAGUCCGGGAAUGUACAAGGUCCAGCUCAGGGAAUUGUUCCACCUGUCGUACAUAAUUAUCGAUUCUUGAUCAGUGGAGGAGUAGAAGGUGGUUUGUUGACCUUGGAUAUUCCAGCCGGUUUAUCUCAAAAAAUGAAUGAACAAAUUGGUGAAUGGAUAAGGGUUGGAAGGCCUUCUAGAUGGUAUCAAGCAACAAUACUUAGUAAAACCCGUUGUGUGGAAGUAAGAUCUAAAAAUCUAACUCAAGUAAGAGGUCCACCAAGUUCAGAUGUUGGAGAAAAAUUUGCUUGUAAACAUUGUAUGGAUAGGCGUUUGUUAUGUGUUUUAGUUGGCGGAGAUGGCCCUGUAAUUGCACCCCUGGCGCAUCGAUAUAGAUUACCAGAUGCUACACCUAAAACCCCGGGGUAUUAUAUAACAUAAAUAUAAAGUUCUUAACCUUGUAUUGUUGCGUGAAAAGUUGGAGGCAUCCCAAGAACUAAUCAACAUCUCUACUGACUUCAAAAGCUGAUCUCUCCAAUCACUUAAUUCCAAGCAAAGCGAAAUUGAAUAAACUGAAAUGUCA